AUGUGGUCUAUUAUGUCCACUCUGCCUCUUUGCCUCGAGGGUCCAGCCCAGCACAACGUGCAGCAACCCGGAUUGCAGUUUGCAGCUAUCCAGCAUCAGAACCCUCCCACCACUCUGUUCCUUCUGCUCUACGAUGAUGAGUGGAAGAUCUUACCAACCGGUCCCGUGGCUGACGUAGUAAUCCACGCCAGCUUCCAAAAGUUUGGCCUUUGCCGUCAUGUCUACAACAGUCGAACUCGGAUCUCCACACCUCCCCCGGCAUAUGCAUCCUGGCUGCCACUCCAAUAUCUCCAGGUCAAGGCCACCAUUGGCCUCCCCAUCAUUAACAACAUACCUCUGCACAACAAACCCACUUUGCCUGUGGAUGAAACCCUCCUCUAG